CCUCAUAACCCUAUGGUGAAUGCUGGAGCAAUUGUGAUCACGUCUUUAAUCAAGCAAGGAGCAAAUAAUGCAGAAAAAUUUGACUACGUGAUGCAAUUCAUGAAUAAAAUGGCUGGUAAUGAGUAUGUUGGAUUCAGUAAUGCUACGUUCCAGUCUGAAAGAGAGAGUGGAGAUAGAAACUUUGCAAUCGGCUAUUACUUGAAAGAAAAAAAGUGCUUUCCUGAAGGCACGGAUAUGGUUGCUAUACUAGACUUCUAUUUUCAGCUUUGCUCAAUAGAAGUAACAUGUGAAUCAGCAAGUGUGAUGGCAGCAACUCUGGCUAAUGGUGGCUUUUGCCCAAUCACUGGUGAAAGAGUGCUGAGUCCUGAAGCAGUCCGGAAUACCUUGAGUUUAAUGCAUUCCUGUGGCAUGUAUGACUUUUCAGGGCAGUUUGCCUUCCAUGUUGGUCUUCCUGCAAAAUCUGGAGUUGCUGGUGGGAUUCUUCUGGUUGUCCCUAAUGUCAUGGGCUUGAUGUGCUGGUCACCUCCUUUGGACAAGAUGGGCAACAGCGUUAAAGGAAUUCACUUUUGUCAUGAUCUUGUUUCUUUGUGCAACUUCCAUAACUACGAUAAUUUGAGACACUUUGCAAAAAAGCUUGAUCCUCGCAGAGAAGGUGGCGAUCAGCGGCAUUCCUUUGGACCAAUGGACUAUGAGAAUCUCCAGCAAGAACUUGCUUUAAAAGAAACAGUAUGGAAAAAAGUGUCACCCGAAUCAAACGAGGACAUCUCCAGAACCGUAGUGUAUAGAAUGGAAGGUCGGGGAGAGCAAAACUAA